AUGACAUCCCAUCCAGCGACUACCACCCGUCGAUACUCUCGAUUGACCUUUGGCGUUUACCAUGCCAAAGAUCCUGUUAAAUACAAUGGAGUUUCUACUCCAGUGGAGAGACGCACCGAUCUUGGUAUUCAAGGAUUGGUGCCUGCUGCUUUCGUUCCCUUGGAAUUGGAUGUUCAGCGUUGUAUGGAGCAGCUCCGAAGCAAGGCCACUCCCCUUGAAAAGUACAUCUACCUUCAAAGCAUUCAAGACGUUUCCGAGCGGCUAUACUAUGCCAUUCUCGUUGCUCACACUGCAGAAGUAAUGCCAAUUGUGUAUACCCCAACCGUGGGGGCCGCUUGCGAGAACUUUUCCAAGACAUACCGAGGCACCUUGCGAGGCAUGUAUUUCUCGUUGAAGGAUGCUGGGAACAUUCGCAAGAUCUUUGACAACUGGCCUUCCCAGCAUGUCACAACCAUUGUGGUCACCGACGGAGAGCGUAUCCUAGGACUGGGUGAUCUUGGAGUAAAUGGGAUGGGCAUUCCUAUAGGCAAACUCGCCCUUUACACGGCCUGUGCUGGGAUCCACCCUGCCCAUGUCCUUCCCGUGCAGCUAGACGUUGGGACCAACAAUGAGAAGAACAUUCAAGACCCUUACUACCUGGGCCUCAAGCAGCCUCGAGAGCGUGGUCCCGCCUACGAUGCCUUGGUGACAGAGUUCUUUGAAGCCGCCAUGGACAAGUUUGGAGAGGAUGUCUUGAUUCAGUUUGAAGACUUUGGCAACCUGAACGCCUUUCGUCUGCUCGAUGCGUGGAAGGACAAGGCUUGUACGUUCAAUGAUGAUAUUCAAGGAACAGCCUCUGUGGCAGUUGGUGGAUUGCUAGCUUCUGAAAAAUUGACUGGAAAGAAACUGUCAGAACACACCUUCUUGUUCAGUGGUGCCGGAGAGGCUGGGACUGGCAUUGCCGAGCUGAUGGCUUAUGCCAUUUCCAUAGAGCUGUCCAUCCCAGUGGAAGAUGCCCGAAAGAAGAUCUACCUUGUAGACUCAAAGGGAUUGGUCACCAAAUCUCGUUUGGAGAGCCUGCAACACCACAAGCUGAACUUUGCACAUGAUGUGGCUGACUGCAAAAGCUUGAAGUGUGCUAUUGAUGCACUCCGACCAUCUGCCAUUAUUGGAGUCUCUGCCAUGCCGGGUACCUUUGACAAGGAAGUUUGUGAAAAGAUGGCUCAGUACAACGAACACCCAAUUAUUGCUGCAUUGAGUAAUCCCACAUCCAAGGCAGAGUGCACCGCCGAACAAGCGUACACUUGGACCAAUGGCAAGGCCAUCUUUUCCUCGGGAAGUCCCUUUGCCCCCGUCACGUUGGCUGAUGGCCGUCGAUUCGUCUCAGGUCAGGGAAACAAUGCGUACAUUUUCCCAGGAAUUGGUUUGGGCAGAUUGGCUGCAUGCUCCACGCGGAUUACGAACCAUGAUAUGUACCUUGCCGCGAAGGUUUUAUCGGAGCAAGUGACACAGCAGGAGCUGGACGUUGGCUGUUUGUAUCCCCCGUUGAGCAAGAUUCGAGAAGUGAGUGCUCACAUUGCCGUAGCAAUUGCAAAGAACGCACAUGAAACUGGAGUUGCCACCGAAGCCAUGCCAGAAAACUUGAUGGAACAUGUGAAGAGCUUGAUGUAUGAUCCUUUUGAAGAUCCAUACGUGGAACAGUAG